AGAAGAGAAGCGUGAGAGUUGUGUGUGUUGUUUUUUGGGGACUGUCGUCUAGGUGCGCGGUGACAGCCUGAGAUGAAUGGAUAGAGCAGCAUAUCGCACAUAACAUCAAUUCUGUCCUGCUUUUUCUUUCAUUCACAAUCCCACUCCCUCAUCACUCUCCACCUCUGCCUCUUUCUCCUGCAAAGACCCCCUCCCUCCUGCACUCCCUCCCUGGCUGAUCCCUCUCCCUCCUCCGUCUUACUUUCCCCAAAAAGGCAUCUUAAACGCUGCAAGAGCGCCAGGCGAGCAGAUUACCAUCGCCGUGACAGCAGCUUCCCCUCCGCCGCUCCUCAGCAAGCUUGCUGUAGUCGGAGGACUGGACUGGACCGGACUGGACAGGACUGGACAGUCGUGUUCCUUCCGCAGAGGGGGGACAGAUGGAUGGCGCUCAGCAGACGGGACGCUGCGUGGUUGACCUGACGGAGCUGAGCGGCUGCCCUGAAGAGAUGCCUGCGAGCGGUGUAGUUUGCUCACCCACAAGGCCUCAUGUGGAGUUCAGCCUUGCGUGCAAGGACCUGGUGGCGUCAGGUCGAGACGGGAAGCCUAAUGCGGUGGUCCAGGUGUCUGUGGUGGACCCUCACAAGCAUCAGCUGGUUUCUAGCGUCUGCACAGAGAUAGUGGAGGCAAGCAAAGACCCGUGCUUUCUAACGGGGGUGACCUUCCCCUCUGACUGUCCCGCCGCCCCGGAGACGCUCGUCAAGCUGACCGUGUAUGAUGCCAGAGACAAGAGCCAGGAAGCUGGAAGCUUCCUGGGUAGUGCCGCGUUUUCGGUGAACGAUCUGAUUCGAGCCAAAGAUGAACAACUGACCUUGCGUCUCAGGUCAUCGGAUGGUGGGUGUGCAGCUGGAACUGUGGUGGUGAGUCGUCUGAGGAUGGGAGAAAUGGAGGAGGCGGAGCACAUCACCACUGACGUACCGUCCCAGAAGAGUCCCUUGGUGUGUGACUCUGCGUCCCACAGCUGCAUCGACAGAGACCGGCUCCUGACAGGACCAGUGUUCACCAACCCGGUAUGCAAAGUCUACAGGUUCCAAACGGUGGACAACAAGUGGAUGCUGGUGCGCGAACAAAUGGAGGAGUGCACGUUGUCCUUCAGCAUCCCCAAGCAGUUGCUCUCACUCUACAUGCAGGAGGACAUGAGCAGGGUGCAGGACCUGAAGGAGCUGGGGGAACUAUCUCCUCACUGGGACAACUUACGCAAAGAGGUGAUCACACGAUACACAGGCGUCAUCAGCUCCUACCAGGAGACAUUGGCUGAAAUGGAGAAGAUUACUGGGCCGUCCUUCAAGCCAAGUUGCUGCAAAGCCCAGAAAUCUCUGGAGUUUGUCCCAAUAAACCUGCACACCCAGAGGAUGAGGGUGACAUGUCCAAGAAAGACAGACGCAUCCUACGACAUCGUCACCGUAGGAGCUCCCGCCGCACACUUUCAGGGCUUCAAGGGCGGCGGCCUGCAACGUCUCCUCAGCAGAUAUGAAAGCGAGAAGAAAAGCUUCAGCACCGCAUACCAGUGUAUCUACUACUCCCCAGAGCACACGGCCAAAGCUCAGGAGGUUCUGAGCAGCGUCAGCCUCCUGCAGCCGCUCAUCACAAACUUAGCAGACCAACUCCUACAAGCUGCUCAGGAGCGCUCAUCGCCUGGACUCAGGGAGGCGCUCAAAAACCUCUCUGACAAGACGGAGCAAUUUGUCCACACGCUCAAGGAUGAGCUGGUCAAGUGCGCUCUGCUGGCGCUGCACGCCGCCCAGCCAGGAUACGUGUCCAAGAACCAGAAGACGACGCAACACGAUCAAAGCCCCGUCCAGACGCCCACUGAUAAGACGACGGUGUGUAACAAUGUAGACGACUCCAUCCCGCAUCACAAGGAGUACGACGAGGAGGAAUGGGACAGAGUUUGGGCCAGCGUGGCCAAAUGUCUCAACUGUGUAAUCGCCAUGGUGGACAAGCUGGCCGAGGAAGACGACCACAACAACAAGCAGGAACGCGUCACAGAGCAACAGCUGGCUGAUGUCAUCACCUCACACAACCCUGGUGACUGGCGGGAGCAGCUCUGCCCCCUAGUGGCCAGAUUAAAGGAGUGCAUAACAGAGGUGGUGGACAAGGCCAAGAGGGCCGUGACCUUCGUGCUCCUGCAGGAGGCGGCCUGCAGCAUUCCACAGGGCUUCCUUCUGCAGCAGAGGAGGGACGUCGUCUUCAGUCAGGCUCUGGCAGUGUUGGCGUGUGGUUUCGUCAUGCGUCUUUACGCAGGAAUGCAGGACAAAGGUUUCCUGAGGCAGCUCCACCUUGUCGGCCUAGUAGCCCAGUUCGAGAGUCUACUCAGCACUUACAGCGAAGAGAUCGGGAUGCUGGAGGACAUGGAGGUGGGAAUCUCGGACCUCCAGAGAGUGGUCUUCAAGAUUACCGAAGCCAAGACGGACCAGCUGGGUGACCUUCAGCCUGUUGUGCGAGGCAGACGGGACCACUUCACUGUGGAGGUCCCGCUGCCGGGCCCGGCCUUCCAGAACCUGCCGGAGGAAAUCAAGGAGGGCAAACACCUGCGAGUGUUCCCGGUGCUUUUUAACGUGGGCAUCAAUGAGCAGCAGACAAUAGCGGAGAGGUUUGGUGAUAUUUCCCUUCAAGAGAGAAUAAACCAGAAGAACUUCGAGAUGCUGGAAUUUUAUUACAAAUCACUUAGUGAAAAGGUGCCACAUGAAUGUCUACCAUGUUUCCAAAGCCAGACUGACAUAAAGGAAUUACUUGAAACCCUGGGCCAGAAUGUAGUCACUAAGCGGCGGAAGAAUGUGGAGAUUCUGUGGAUCGCUGCGGCGAUUUGCCGAAGGCUGAACGGCAUCAGGUUCACCAGCUGCAAAAGUGCCAAAGAUCGGACGUCCAUGUCGGUCACGUUAGAGCAGUGCGCCCUCCUGCGUGAUGAACACCAGCUCAGCAAGGACUUCUUCGUCCGAGCUCUGGACUGCAUGCGGAGAGAAGGAUGUCGCAUCGAGAACGUUGAAAAGAACAUUGGUUGCAGGAAGUACGCCUUCAACAUGUUGCAGCUGAUGGCCUUCCCAAAGUGCUACCGACCGCCCGAGGGCACUUACGGCAAAGUCGACACUUGAGGAAUUAAGCCGAACGUGACUGAUGAUGUUGUUCGUGUAUUGUGCUCGUCGCCUGGUUACGACACCACAAGCAUGUCAGGAGGAGGCUGAAGGUACGGCGCAGACGGUCACCUUAGAGUUAAAGUGCAGCUAAAAGUCAACACAUCAUUUCAUAAUACUUUAUCACAAAUACUCUAAUUUAUUUUUAUACACACUGAACACAAUGUUGCAUUCUACAGGGGGGAUGACCCACCCGACUUACUGUACAAAAAGGCUGUCAUUUGUUACAAAUGUACCAUUUUUCCAAUAAAACUGUCUUUUCAUUCACUUGUCAUGCAUAUUAUUAGAAUGGAUUUAUUCACAAUUUGUAAUCAUGUAUGAAGAAUAUGACCAAAUGAAGCCGUACAUGACAUAUACAGUAUGUAACAUCAUAGGAAUAAGGAUGUACUGUAUCAUUCGCUGAACAAGCUCAAAAUGUUUCAACAAUGAAGUCGUGAUAUUACGAGGAAAAGAAAAAAAAAACAUUUGAAAAGAAUAACAUGUAGUGUGACGAGAAAAAAAUCUGAAGAGAAAAAAUGUAUUUUACAAAAAUAAAAUGGUAAGUUAUGAGAAAAAAAGAUGGGAGUAAAGUUGUAACGCUGCGAGGAGAACAUAACGCAAGAAAAUUGUUAUUUUGCAAGACAAUAUUCAAGGAAAAUGUUGUAAUUUCACAGAAAUGACAUCAUAAUGCCAGGAAACAGUUGUCAUUUUAUGACAAUGAAGUAUAAUAUUACCAGAAAAAAGCCAAGUAUGAGAAUAAAGUCGUAAUGUUGCGUGAAUGUU